AUGAUGGAAAUAUCAAAUUUUAGAAAAAUAAAUAAAGAUCGUUUAGCUAAAUUUUUGGAACAUUUGGAAAAUAAACACUUAGAUAAGGACGAGAUAUUUGGAAAAUGUUUAAUGAUUUUGAAAACAUUAUUGUACACUUCAUCAAACUUUAUCCCCAACAGUACCCUCAGCACACAGUCCAACAUUCAAGAACUUUUGUAUUCCAUUGAUUUCGAUGCAAUAGAUGAUGACCACAUGAUCAAAUUGAAAUCAAUACUCGAUCAAGGAGCAGACUUAGAUAUAUAUGCUAGAUACAUAGAAUCUAUCUUAAAUAAAAACAACAAGUCAUUGAAUUCAAUUUUAAUGACUGUUUGGACUCAAUUAGGAUCAAAUGUAUUGCAAUUGCCUAUAAUUAUUCACGAAAAAGCCAUUGAAGUGAAUCCUUUAAUUUUUGAAAAAACUAUUCUGUCUGCAAUAUCAUUGUGGGAAAUCAAUAACUUGAUCGAUGUAUGCUCUAAAUCACCAUUGGUGUUCCAAAAAUGCUCUAGUAUAUUCAACGAAUUGCUCAUUAAGUUAAACUUUACCAAUAAAUUUAUGGAGUUCUUGAACUACUUUGUAAAUACUGUCAGCGUACGUUGCAAAAACAAUGAUAUCGAUAUUGUAAACAUCUAUCCUAACAAAUGUAGAAGUAUAUUAACCUUAAGGGACAUUAAGAACAAAAAUUCAACACUAGUUACCGAACAUCAUCUAAAUGAUGAAGUAAAAAAAUUAGCUUUAGCGUACCCCAAAGAAUCUAUUUGUCUUUUAAGUCAUUUUCCAGAUUUAUUCAUACCAUACUGA